CAACGCUCUUCUCAUCAUCACAACGCUUUCCAUCCCACCUCACCUUGCUAUUCCAUAGUAACCCCUCCCCCCAUAGCAUAGGACUGUCAGUGUCGCACUCCCCGUGUCGCCCGUGUCGCCAGUGUCAUUCUAUCACAGGCCACAGGCAAGCGAAGAACAAGAAGGUGGACAUCAGUCAAAUUACACAGGCGCGACGGCUCUAGCCAUCACACCUAGUCGCGGGGCGACUGAUCACUUACCAGACCCAGCGCCAGACUCACUGUCUGCAGUGCUCUUGCUACCCUUCAACUCAUAGCUCCUCGAGUGUUGCGUUGGCGACAUCGUAGUCCCAACAGCUAGGUACGCUUUCAUACACGGCCCCAUCUCAACUUGCGUUUCCUACGCCACCGCACUUAUUCCCGACUUCAGCCCUCCUCGCCCCCAAGAUGGCCUACAGCUAUCCCCCCCAUCACCCCCAUCACAACAUGCAGAAUGGAUGGUACGGCGGUCCCCCACAGCCGCCUCAGGAUCCCUUCCGCGCGUGGUACAUCGACAAGCUUGCGACACUCACAUUCAACUCGCGCGCUAUCAUCCAGGAUCUCUCUAUCGAAGCGGUGAAGCAGCGCGACAUGAACAAUUGGGCCGGGAUGCAGGCGAUCGCUGAGGAACUGGAAGCUGCCAUUUACAGGGCCUCACCUCAGACCAAACUUCCUUUGCUUUACCUGCUAGACUCAAUCUCAAAGAACGCCGGGUCGCCUUACACCGACCAGUUGUUUGCGCCGUACCUCCCAGACCUCUACAUAGCGACGUACCGUCAGGUUGACGGUGUGACAAAGAAUAAAAUGGUGGAGAUGCUGCGUCUCUGGCGUACUGGCGCUGGCGGAGGCGAGUUGUACCCGCCAGGCAUCCGUGAGAGGGUCGAGCACGAACUCUUUGGCUCCACCGGUUUGCCCCCACCCCCGCAGAUGGCGCCGCCGCCUCUCACGCAGGCCAACGUUCAGGCCGAGUUGCGACAGUUCCUCCAGCAGAAGGAGGACGAGAUGGCCAAGGAGUUUUCGACUGGCCUCGCGAAGACUGUCAACGUCCUUGUGCAGAUCGACAAGCUCCUCUCUACCACGCAGGUGAACCGUGAAGAGCUUCUUGGCAUAAAGCAGCAGAUUGGCGCGAUGAAGGGGGGCCUCCAGCCCACGUCUAGCCAGCUAAGCCGCCAGCCUCAGCCGCAGGUUGUGCCCGCCGCUCGGCCACCGAUGCCAGCCUUCAAGCCCCGCGAUCCAUAUGCCGCCCAGCAAGCGCGCCCGCCGUUCCCUCCAUACGCCCAGCCGCCGCAACGCUACGCGACGCCUCCGCAAGCUUCCCACCCUCCUCAGAUCCAUGCACCGCUGCCCCAGCCAGCACUCCCUAAGGCCGGCGCCCUCCCUAUGCCCGCUAACGUCGCCGAUAUUUUGGCCAAUCUUUCGAAGUCGGGUGUCCUUUCUCAGCCUCUUACCCCUGAGCCUUCCAGCAGGAAGUCGAGCCUUGAGGAAUACGAGGACAUGAUUCUCGCGCUGAACAUGACCGUCGACGUGUUUGACCUAACCAAGCUUACUCUCCCCAUCGCGCACCUGCCCGUCCGUUGCAAGCAGUGUGGCGAGCGGUUCCCCGAGGGCGAGAGCACACUGCAGGCGCAUAUGGACUGGCACUUCCGUCGCAACCGCAAGGAACGAGAGACGGAGGGCCGUGGCGCGCACCGUCGCUGGCUGCCACGCGCUGACGAGUGGAUUCACGAGAACAGCGAGGCAGGUCCGAGCGAACCCAAGCAAGAGACGGUCACCAACACCAAGCUCACCCCCGAGCGUCUGGCCGCCCUCAAGCGCAAGUGGGUGCGUGCGCCAGCCGAUCCAGCCAAGGCGAUGCCGUGCCCCAUCUGCAAGGAGCAGUUCAAGUCCGAGUGGUCCGAGGACGAGGAGGAGUGGGUUUUUAAGAACGCAGUUAGCGUGAAUGGAACGAUAUACCACGCGACAUGUCGCGCCGAGAAGAUGAGUAAUGCUGUCGCGCAGCGUCUGCUAGGCAAUGAGCGAGGCGUGUCGAGGAGCCCUGCGCCCGAGAGUGUGCCAGGCUCGCCGGGGCGACGCCUGUCCGCGUCGCCGCUCAAGUCGCCUGCGCGCCUUCCCGUCUCGCCGGGGACCAAGCGUAAGGCGGAAGACGAGGGCACGGAGGAUGCGAAGCGCGUCAAACUUGAGCCCGGCAUUGAGAAGGGAGGGGAGUUGUCUAGUGAGAACGUCGAGGUCACUGUCAAGACCGAGACAUAGCAUAACCACAAUCAUGAUCGCGAGAUGCAUUGUUUUUUGUACGUG